AUGUCCUCCCCCAAGAACCCCCCGACAACCUCCACCUCCACCCCCUCGACCUCCCACACCGACACCACUUGCACCAAACCAACCCCAGAAACCAGCACCAGCACCCCCAUCCAAAACAAAACCCUCCUCUUCCACGCCAUCCCCCCCGCACGCCCAAUCCCCAACCAACACCUCUCCGUCCAACCCCUCCCCUUCGACCUCUCCGCUCCACCCCCGCCGGGCGGCCUGACCGUCGCUAUUCUGUACAGCUCCAUCGAUCCCUACCAGCGUAGCCGUAUGCGCCCGGCGCAUAUUAAGAGUUAUCAGCCGGCUUUUGAGUUGGGGGGGGCUAUUACGAAUUAUGCUGUGGCCAGGGUGGUGAAGUCGGAUACGGCUGCUCCUGCUCUGACAACGCAUCAUUACCGGCCCGGCGAUCUGUUGUACGCCUUUCUCCCAACAGCCGAAUACGCAACCAUCACAGCAGAGGAACUCCCCAGCGUAGUCCUAAGCAAAAUCACCAACCACCACUCCCUCCCCGACCUGGGCCUCUUCCUCGGCCCCCUCGGCAUGCCCGGCCUAACAGGCUGGGCCUCCCUCCACGAAAUCGGCCAACCAAAACCCGGCGAAACCAUCUUCAUCAGCAGUGCCGCAGGGGCCGUGGGCCAGGUAGUAGGGCAGAUUGCAAAGAGGGAAGGGCUGAAAGUGAUUGGGAGUGUGGGGAGUGAGGAGAAACUGCGGUAUAUUGUGGAGGAACUGGGGUUUGAUGGGGGGUUUAAUUAUAAGAGGGAGAAGCCGAAGACUGCGUUGAAGAGGUUGGCGCCGGGGGGAAUUGAUAUUUAUUAUGAGAAUGUCGGGGGAGAGCAUUUGGAGGCGGCGUUGGGGGCGUUGAGGGAUUUUGGGAGGGUUGUUGUUUCGGGGAUGAUCUCCCAAUACAACGCCACAGCCGCCGAGCGCUACGGCGUCUCCAACCUCACCCACAUCAUCAGCAAGCGCCUGACCAUCCGCGGCUUCAUCGUCAGCGACCCCGGGUUCUGGGACAAGUACUUUGACGACCACCAGGAGAAGAUGCAGCAGUGGCUGGCCGACGGCAGUUUCAAGGCCAAACUGCACGUCAUCGAGGGCAUUGACAACGCGGCCGAGGCGUUGGUGUCGAUUUUUGAGGGCAAGAAUUUUGGCAAGACGGUGCUGAAGAUUCAGGAUUAG